AUGGCGACGCAAACCAUCUACCCUAACAGCCACGUCGGUUUCGACAGCAUCACCUCUCAGAUCGAGCGCAAGCUCCUGAAGAGAGGUUUCCAGUUCAAUGUCAUCUGCGUUGGCCAAACUGGUUUGGGAAAAUCGACUUUGAUCAACACCAUUUUCGCAUCUCACCUUAUCGACUCGAAGGGUCGAUUGGUUCCCGAUGAGCAGAUUCGAUCUACCACCGAGAUCCACCCCGUGUCGCACGUUAUCGAGGAGAAUGGCGUCCGUCUAAAGCUAAACAUCGUCGACACCCCGGGCUACGGUGACCUGGUCAACAACGACCGCUGCUGGGACCCCAUCGUCAAGUACAUCAAGGAUCAGCACUCCGCGUAUCUACGAAAGGAGCUCACAGCACAGCGAGAACGUUACAUUCCCGAUACCCGUAUCCACUGCUGCUUGUUCUUCAUCCAGCCCUCUGGACACUCCCUCAAGCCCAUCGACAUUGUCGUGUUGAAGAAGCUUUCGGAUGUUGUCAACGUCGUGCCGGUUAUUGCCAAGGCCGACACCUUGACUCUGGAGGAGAGACAGGCUUUCAAGGAGCGCAUCAAGGAGGAGUUCGCUUUUCACAACCUCAAGAUGUACCCCUAUGACAACGACGAGCUUGAUGAGGAGGAAAAGUCUAUUAACACCCAGAUCAAGAGCCUCGUUCCUUUCGCUGUUGUCGGUUCUGAGAAGUCGAUUAUCGUCAACGGCAAGCAAGUCCGCGGCCGUCAAAACCGAUGGGGUGUUAUCAAUGUCGAAGAUGAGAACCACUGCGAAUUCGUCUACCUAAGAAACUUCUUACUGCGAACUCACCUCCAGGAUCUCAUCGAGACUACUUCACAGAUCCACUACGAGACUUUCCGUGCCAAGCAAUUGUUGGCGCUCAAGGAGAGCAGCGCACAAGGCCACGGAAGCCGUCCCAUCAGCCCAGCCGCGGAUCGCGAGAUCAGCAGGAGCUCUCAACGAAUGACCAUGAAUGGUUACUAA